UUCUUUUUUUCUAUUCGCGGCGCAUUCCCAGAAUCCCCUUUCCGCGAACGCCUUGACGUCGAUUCGCGCUCGGCCUCCCACCGCCACACGUUGAUAAAGAAUUAUCGUCUUGAGAUGCACCGAAGAUAGUUGGCAUAAUCUCUUUUGGCCUUACUUUGCUUGGUCCAUUGGCAUAACAUACAACAUAUCAAGAUGGCUUCCGUCCAGGCUCCUCCUGUCGUCCAGCAGCACUCUGGCGGCGGGGGCAUGACUGCUGGUCCCACGCAACAGCAGGUGCAGGAAAUGCUCAUGAAACUGAGGCAGAUGAAGGAGCGUGGCGUCCCUAAUACCGAUCCGGAUUACAUAAAGGUCUCCCAGUUUCUCAUGAACAUUCAACAGCAGUCCGCUCUGCGCCAGAAACAACAAGCAUGGCUUCAGGCUCAGCAGCAACAACAACAACAACAACAACAACAACAACAACAACUGCUGCUGCAGCAACAGCAGGGUCAACAGGCCCCCCAGGGACAGGGCCAACCUGGACAGUUUGGGCCAUCACAAGCCCAUCAACUAAAAGGGUCCAACGGCGUCGUUAAUGGCACCCAGCAACCCACCGUCCAGACAAGUCAACCGGGCUCGUCGACUGCUCCCGCCUCUGCUGUCAUGCCCGCCAACCACAACGCUAGCAAUGCGGCCACUGCAAGCUCACCAUCCACCGCUGGCCCCGGCACUAAUCAGUUCACUCCACAACAGUUGUCGCUCCUGAGGCAGCAGAUCCAGGCUUUCAAGUUACUGGGCCGGAAUGCCGGUGUCCCUAUCCAAAUACAGCAAGCCAUCUUCUCUCAGCGGGAACGGAGAAAGGCCCUCGCCGCUGAGGCUGCGGCCAUGGCCAUGGCUGCUUCUUCGACGAUUGCGGACCAGCCCGGUAGUCGUUCCGAUAGGACGAUCGAUCAGGCGCCGUCCACCUCCGAGGCUGAUGAUACCACGCCCUCAAAGCCCUAUCCCGUUUUUCGCUCCGUCAAAUCCCCAUAUGGCGACCCGCGAGGGGUCAAACCCUCCAUCCAUUAUGUACAACACAUGAAGGGCGAGAACCGCGUGCUCAUCCCGGGCGUCCUCCCCGUCGGAGUCGACCUUGAGCGGCUGCGGCGAGAGCGGGAACUGAUCAUAAAGAACAGAAUGAGCGAAAGGUACGACCAGCUGAGGAAACUACCGGCCAACAUAGCGCACUGGGAUGUGACGAAACCUACCAUGGAAAUCGACGACUCGGCAAGACUUGGGAGCAUUAUCGAGUUCAAGGCCCUUGGACUGUACCAGAAGCAAUGCCUCCUCCGCGAGAAGCUUGCGAAGCAGAUGAUCCAGUUUGACAACCUUGCGUCGACGACGAAUCGUAGCACUUUCCGUCGGGCGAAGAAGAUGACGGUCCGCGAGGCGAGAAUUACCGAAAAGCUGGAGAAGCAGCAACGUGAUGCUCGCGAGAUCCGCGACAAGAAGCGACACAACGACUUCCUCCACGCCGUUACGCAGCGCAGGGGUGAGAUGGCACAGACGGCCAUGAGCCAACGUAACAAGUCGCUCAAGCUCAGCCGUCUCAUGUACGCCCAGCAUUUCAACAUUGAGAAGGAAGAGCAGAAGCGGAUCGAGCGGACGGCCAAGCAGCGUCUGCAGGCCCUCAAGGCCAACGACGAAGAGGCGUAUCUCAAGCUACUCGACCAGGCGAAGGAUACCCGUAUCACCCACCUCCUGAGGCAGACCGACGGCUUCUUGCACCAGCUGGCUGCCUCGGUCAAAUCGCAGCAGAGACGCGCGGCCGAGCACUACGGCGACGCGGAGUUGCCGCCCGAGGAGGAGAGCGAGCCGGAGGGCGAGGGCGAGGAGGCCGGCAAGAAGAUCGACUACUACGCCGUCGCUCAUCGCAUCAAGGAAGAAGUCACGGGACAAGCUAACAUACUUGUGGGUGGUACGCUCAAGGAAUACCAGGUCAAGGGUCUCCAGUGGAUGCUGUCGCUUUACAACAACAACCUCAACGGCAUCCUGGCCGAUGAGAUGGGUCUCGGCAAGACUAUCCAGACCAUCAGUCUGAUCACCUACCUCAUCGAGCGCAAGCGCCAGGACGGGCCCUAUCUCGUCAUCGUGCCGCUCAGUACGCUGACCAACUGGAAUCUCGAGUUCGAGAAGUGGGCGCCGUCGGUGACCAAGGUGGUCUACAAAGGCCCGCCGAACGCCCGGAAGCAGCAGCAGGAGAAGAUUCGCCAAGGGCGCUUCCAGGUGCUUCUGACGACGUACGAGUACAUCAUCAAGGACAGGCCCGUCCUCAGCAAGAUCAAGUGGUUCCACAUGAUUAUCGACGAAGGUCACCGGAUGAAGAACCAAAACUCCAAGCUGACGUCGACGAUCCAGCAAUACUACAGCACCAGGUUCCGUCUCAUUCUCACGGGCACCCCGCUACAGAACAACCUGUCGGAACUGUGGGCCAUGCUCAACUUCGUCCUCCCGAACAUCUUCAAGUCGGCCAAGACCUUCGACGAGUGGUUCAACACCCCCUUCGCCAACACGGGUGGUCAGGACAAGAUCGACCUCACGGAAGAAGAGCAGAUUCUCGUGAUUAGGCGCCUGCAUAAGGUGCUCCGGCCCUUCCUGCUCCGUCGUUUGAAGAAAGAUGUCGAGAAAGACCUCCCGGACAAGACGGAGAAGGUGGUCAAAUGCAAGUUCUCGUCGCUGCAGUCCAAACUGUACAAGCAGAUGGUGACGCAUAAUAAGAUUGUGGUGUCGGACGGCCAAGGCGGGAAGACCGGGGCCCGCGGGCUGAGCAACAUGAUCAUGCAGCUGCGCAAGCUCUGCAACCACCCGUUCGUGUUCGACGAGGUGGAAAACGUGAUGAAUCCCCUGAGCAUCAGCGACGACAAACUCUGGCGCACGGCCGGCAAGUUCGAGCUUCUGGAUCGGAUCCUGCCCAAGUACAAGGCGUCGGGCCAUCGCGUGCUCAUGUUCUUCCAGAUGACGGCCAUCAUGGACAUUAUGGAGGACUACCUGCGAUACCGACACUUCGAAUACCUGCGGCUCGACGGCACGACCAAGUCGGAUGAGCGGUCGGACCUGCUGCGGGAGUUCAACGCGCCGAACUCCAAGUACUUCAUGUUCCUGCUGUCGACGCGCGCCGGUGGUCUCGGUCUCAACCUGCAGACGGCGGACACGGUGAUCAUUUACGACUCGGACUGGAACCCCCAUCAAGACUUGCAGGCGCAGGACCGCGCGCACCGUAUCGGGCAGAAGAACGAGGUGCGGAUCCUCCGACUGAUCAGCUCCAACUCGGUGGAGGAGAAAAUCCUGGAGCGGGCCCGGUUCAAGCUUGACAUGGACGGCAAGAUCAUUCAAGCCGGGCGGUUCGACAACAAAUCGACGGAGACGGAUCGUGAUGCCAUGCUUCGGACGCUGCUCGAGUCGGCCGACCUCGCGGAGACGGGCGAGCAGGACGAGAUGGACGACGAGGAGCUGAACAUGGUGCUGGCGCGGAGCGACGACGAGCUGGUUCUGUUCCAGAAAAUGGACGAGGAACGGAGGAAGGACCCGGUCUACGGCGACCAGGGGGGCAGGAAGGGCAAGCCGCGGCUCAUGGCGGAAGACGAGCUUCCGGAUAUCUAUCUCACGGACGGCAACCCGGUGGAUGAGCAAGAAGAGCUCGUUCUCGGACGCGGGGCGCGCGAGAGGACCAAAGUCCGGUACGACGACGGCCUCACGGAAGAGCAGUGGCUCAUGGCGGUGGACGACGACGAGGACUCGCCCGAGGCGGCGGCGGCGCGGAAGCAGGCGCGCAAGGACAGGCGCGAGGCCAACAGGCUCAAGAGACUGGGGGCGUCGGGGGCGUCGGGGGCGUCGAAGGACAACUCGCCGUCGGCGAGCCGCGCCAGCACGGAGGAAGUGGAAGUGGAAACGCCAAAGAAGCGUGGACGGAAACCGGGCAGCAAGAACCAAGAGAAGCGCAAGGCGGAGGAGGUCGACGACGAGCCGCCGGCCAAGAAGCGACGCGGGCCCCUGGGGCGGCCCAAGGGGGUGGUUGCUGCUGCUGCGGCGGCGGCGGCAGGGGGCAUCCACAAGCCGCUGGCGCAACGCAGGGCCACGCUCCAGGCGAGCCUCCGGACUCUGUACGAGGGUCUGAUGACGCUCGAGGUGGACGACCCGGACCCGGCGGCGCCGGAGGAGGACGACGACGAGUCGGACUCGGGCAAGCGCAUCAUCAUCGGGCCGUUUAUGGUGCUGCCGCCGAAGCGCGAGUUCCCGGACUACUACAUGAUUAUCCAGUCGCCCAUCUCGAUGAAGCAGAUUGACGGCAAGAUCAAGAAGGAGAAAUAUAGCUGUCUUGGCGACCUACGGCGGGACGUGGACCUCAUGUUUACCAACUGCCAGACGUACAAUGAAGAGAUGUCGCUGCUUUAUCAGGAUUCAAAGACGCUGCAGAACUUCUUCCACGCCGCACUCGAGAAGGAAUUGGAGAAACACCCAGAGCUGCGGGAACUGGAACCAGACGCGGGUGCGAAAGAUGGAUCGGUCGGCCCUAGCACGGGGUCAGCCACGCCACAGACCACGGCGAGCGGACCGACGCGUAUUAAGUUGAUCUCGUCGAGCAGCGCGGCGGCGGCGGCAUCCAGGGAGGCGGCGGCGGGGGCGGGGGCGGCCAACGGAGAGAGUAAUGGAGCAGAGAGCGAUGACGAAUGAGAAAGGGGCAAAAGGAAAAAGGAGGUGCUGUCGGCGCUGCAUUCACGCAAUGGGAGAUGGUCCUGGUGGGAAAGGCGUUUUCGGGGAAGCCGCUUGUUUAUUCUUUUAUUGUUUUAUU